AUGACCAAGUCGUACAGCGAGAGCGGGCUGAUGGGCGAGCCCCAGCCGCAGGGCCCCCCGAGCUGGACGGACGAGUGCCUCAGCUCCCAGGACGAGGAGCAUGAGGUGGACAAGAAGGAGGAGGAUCUCGAGGGCUUGCACGCCGAGGCCGAAGAGGACUCGCUGCGAAACGGCGAGGAGGAGGACGAGGAGGACGACUUGGAUGAAGAGGAGGAAGAGGAGGAGGAGGACGACGACGACGACCAGAAGCCCAAAAGGCGAGGUCCCAAGAAGAAGAAGAUGACCAAGGCGCGCAUGGAGCGGUUCAAGCUGCGGCGCAUGAAGGCCAACGCGCGGGAGCGCAACCGCAUGCACGGCCUGAACGCGGCCCUGGACAACCUGCGCAAGGUGGUGCCCUGCUACUCCAAGACGCAGAAGCUGUCCAAGAUCGAGACGCUGCGCCUGGCCAAGAACUACAUCUGGGCGCUCUCCGAGAUCCUGCGCUCUGGCAAGAGCCCCGACCUGGUCUCCUUCGUGCAGACGCUCUGCAAGGGCCUGUCGCAGCCCACCACCAACCUGGUGGCCGGCUGCCUGCAGCUCAACCCGCGGACUUUCCUGCCCGAGCAGAGCCCCGACGUGCCGCCCCACAUGCCGCCGGCCGGCGCCUCCUUCCCGGCGCACCCGUACCCCUACCAGUCGCCGGGGCUGCCCAGCCCGCCCUACGGCACCAUGGACAGCUCCCACCUCUUCCACGCCAAGGCGCCGCCGGGCUUCGGCGCCGCCCUCGAGCCCUUCUUCGAGGGCGGCCUGGGCGAGUGCGCCAGCCCCGCCUUCGACGGCCCGCUCAGCCCGCCCCUCAGCGUCAGCGGCAACUUCGCCUUCAAGCACGAGCCCGCCGCCGACUUCGACAAGGGCUUCGCCUUCAGCGUGCACUACCCCGCCGCCGCCGCCGCCCUGGCCGCCCCCGCGCACGGGCCCGUCUUCGCCGGCGCCGCCGCCGCCGCCCGCUGCGAGCUGCCCGUCGAGGGGCUGCUGCCCUACGAGGGCCACCCGCACCCGCACCACGAGCGCGGCCUGGGCGCCCCGCUCCACGCCAUCUUCCACGACUGA